UAUCAACAAGAUCAUCAAACGCCAGUUAGUCAUAAUUUGCUCCAAAAGAUGGAUGAAGUAGUUCUUGUGGGGUUUUGGAGCAGCCCUUAUGUGAUGAGAGUGAAGAUUGCACUGAUAGAGAAGGGUGUUGAGUUUGUGUACAAGGAAGAAAAAGAUAUAUUUGAGAAGAAGAGUGAGUUACUCCUGAAAUCCAAUCCCAUUCACAAGAAGGUUCCAAUUCUCAUCCACCAUGGUAGACCCAUUUGUGAGUCCCUCAUCAUUCUUCAAUACAUUGAUGAGGUUUGGAAGCAAGAAAAACAGCUUUUCUCUAAUGAUCCUUACGACCGAGCCAGAGCCAGGUUUUGGAUUGAUUUAUUUGACAAGAAGGUAAGUGAUUGUGGCAGGAGAAUGUGGGCUAGCAAAGGGGCAGAUCAAGAUGCUGCAAAGAAAGAGUUUGUGGAGUGCUUGAAACUCUUGGAAAAUGAACUUGGAGAAAAGCCUUAUUUUGCUGGUGAUUAUUUUGGCCUUUUGGAUAUAGCCUUGCUACCAAUUACAUGCAGGUUUUAUACAUACGAGACAUUUUGCAAAUUUAGUGUGGAGAAAGAGUGCCCAAGGUUCAUGGCUUGGGCCAAAAGGUGUAAUCAGAGGGAGAGUGUUUCCAUGACACUUCCUGACCCAUAUAAAGUCUAUGACUUCACUUUGGAGGUUAAGAAAAGGCUUAAAAUUGAGUGAGGGUUACUCACUAGGGUCAGUUUAGGUAGUUAAUAUUUGUAUGAGAUUUAAAGUUUAUUAUUGCUAUUAUAAAAUUAAAAGGAGUGAGGGUUAAUUAGGAAGUAAAAUUAUAAUGAUGCUUAUGCUUGUUUGUCCUUGUAUAUGUAGUAUCAUAGUUGUUAUUAUUAUCUGCUUUGAAUUGGAAUUCACUUCAAUAAUGUGAGUGAUAUGAGAUUUCAUUAAA